AUGAACAACACGACAUGUUCGAGGAAAAGCUCAUCGUUGGCGUGGCUUCGGGCUGCUCUACCUUGGCCAUUGUUGGCCUGCCUGAUUGUGGUUCCGUCGCUCUACAACACCAUCAACGAGAUCCACGAUGAGGUCCUCGAGGGCGUGUCCGUGUUCCGCGUUGAGACUGAUUCCGCCUGGAGCCAGAUGAUGGACUUCCAAGUCACCGUUGCUCCUCCAACCAAGCCACGUGAGAAUCCCUUCGGCUCUAUCUUCCGUAGCAAGAGGCAAGCCGGUCUUCCCUCAUACUGCCAGUGCACGCCUCCAACCGUCAACUGCCCACCUGGACCUCCCGGACCUCCCGGACAGCCUGGACAACCUGGACAACCUGGAUCACCUGGUCAGCCUGGACAGGACUCCACCACCACAUACGCACCCAUCAACUGCCCUGCUCCGCCCACUGGUUGCAUCACUUGCCCACCUGGACCGGCAGGACCACCCGGACCAGAUGGAAACCCUGGAGGCCAGGACCAAUGA